UAUUACAUUAAACAAUUUAAAAAUUACAGAACAGCCCCUAAAAAUCCCUAACAGUGUUGGGGAACAUUCUGGUGAGCAUGAACAGUGGUGUGUGUCUCCUCCAUGUGCCAUCGCCACUGGCAGCGCGUGGAUUCGCGCGCCGCCGCGAAAGCAACCGGGAAACAAGCAGUCAAAGGUCGGCUUCUUCUCCUCUAUCUUCCUACGCCGGCGGUGAGGGUCACUGUCACCUGCAACAACCAAAAAAAACACAGAAAUGGCAGUCGGUUUUAAUUUUUCUUUCCUUUACAGAUCUGCUCCUCUUUCUCUUCUUUUUCGUUUCGGAUCUGCUUCUCUCUACAGAUCAGUUAUUUUCCUUUGCUGUCUCAUUCUUCUCUGUUUCAGGUGGCAGCGGAGUUGGAGGCGUUGUCGUUGUGGCCCAGACGUUGAUGGUUUUCUCUCCUCUUGGUAUAUCUGGCGGCGGCCAUGGAAGAAGCACCGGGUGCCGGUCUGUGUAAAGGAGAGUUGGUGGAUGAGGAAGGGGACGAUGUCUGUGGGUGCCGCUGUUGUCGGCCGCUGCUGGGUUCUUUGGUGGGAGGAGGCUGUGAACGGGACUCCUGCUGCUGCUGUGUGGCUUGAUGGAGGGAAAUCAGAGAGCUUCAAAGAGAGGGGCUCUCGGGGUGAAGAAGGAGAUGGGGCGAUGGGUGUCAAAAGAGGCGGCUGUGUUUGGGUUAAGGGAGCUCAACUCUUGGCUGGCAGGAAGAAAGGAAAUCUGAUGAAAGGGAAAGGGACGACCGAGAAAGGGGAAGGUUCCAGGGGUGCCCCUAGGCUCUCCCGUUCUCUACUUUGCCAACAAGAGGGGCAGCUGGCUACUCUGGUUUUGUUGCAAAAGGAGGGGCUCUGUUCUUUUAAAGAGUGGGGGGUAGCUGUGUGUGAGCUGAGUGGAUUUGGCCAGAAUAGGAAAUUGGAGGCGACUGGUUUAGGGGGGAGAUCCUGAAAUGGCAAAGGGGGAAGGAGAGGAAACAGGGAUGUCUCUCUCGUUUUUUCAGGCCAAGGGUCGCAGCUGUUUAUAAGAGGGUUUAGCUUAGGUUUUUUCUUUUGUUUUCUUCCCCCUUGUAAUCUCCAACCAGUUCAUUUUUCUCCACCUCCCUGCCUCUCAAUUUUUUUUUCCCGUCCAUCAAUAUUUUUCUCCCCC